UGGUUGUUAUAGUGAUAAACUGAGGCCUUGCCUCUGGCUUCUCCUGGAAAGAAAGGGGGGGGGAACCCCUUUACUGCCCCUAGUGAAGACAAAAAGAAGGGAAGAAGAAGGGGGAUGGGUAGAGGAGACAAAAAUACGUGACAAAGAAAACAUUCUCUGUCUGCGAGGAGACUCAGAGAGUGUAGAGCUGGAGGGAGCGUUUGCUGGCCAUGCCAGUACUCACCACUGAUGCUGAGUCAGAAACAGGUAUCCCAAAAUCCCUUUCCAAUGAGCCUCCCUCAGAAACCAUGGAGGAAAUAGAGCACACAUGCCCACAGCCUCGACUGACCCUGACUGCACCUGCCCCAUUUGCAGAUGAAACCAGCUGCCAGUGCCAAGCUCCCCAUGAAAAACUGACCAUUGCUCAGGCCCGCUUAGGAACACCAGUUGACAGACCUGUCAGGGUGUAUGCAGAUGGAAUAUUUGACCUCUUCCACUCAGGCCAUGCAAGAGCACUUAUGCAAGCAAAAACACUGUUCCCCAACAGCUACUUGUUGGUAGGAGUUUGCAGUGAUGACCUCACCCACAAAUUCAAAGGUUUCACUGUGAUGAAUGAAGCAGAAAGAUAUGAAGCUCUCAGACAUUGUCGCUAUGUGGACGAAGUCAUCAGAGAUGCUCCAUGGACACUCACACCUGAGUUUCUGGAAAAACACAAGAUUGACUUUGUGGCCCAUGAUGACAUUCCAUAUUCCUCUGCUGGCUCUGAUGAUGUUUACAAGCAUAUAAAGGAAGCAGGAAUGUUUGUUCCAACGCAGAGAACAGAAGGCAUCUCAACAUCAGACAUCAUCACCAGAAUUGUCCGUGACUAUGACGUUUAUGCACGACGCAAUCUCCAGAGAGGUUACACGGCCAAGGAGCUGAAUGUCAGUUUUAUAAAUGAGAAGAAGUACCGUUUCCAGAACCAGGUAGAUAAGAUGAAGGAAAAGGUCAAAAAUGUGGAGGAAAGAUCAAAGGAAUUUGUUAAUAGAGUCGAAGAAAAGAGUCAUGAUCUAAUUCAAAAGUGGGAAGAAAAGUCAAGGGAAUUCAUUGGCAACUUCCUAGAACUGUUUGGACCUGAUGGAGCAUGGAAGCAGAUGUUCCAGGAGAGGAGUAGCCGGAUGCUGCAGGCCUUAUCCCCGAAGCAGAGCCCUAUGAAUAGCCCAACCAGAAGCCGCUCCCCUUCUCGCUCCCCGUCACCCACCUUCCCGUGGCUCCCGAACAAAACCUCACCCCCCUCCUCACCCAAAGCAGCCUCAGCCUCCAUCAGCAGCAUGAGCGAGGGAGACGAGGAUGAGAAGUAAAGGCUGCUGGCAGAUGAUAAGAGCCACACCACACAGGUUGGGGAGGAGGGUGGGGUGACGCGGGAUGCCUGGGUGGUGUUGGGAAGGUAAUAGUCACAGAAGCUGCAGCUCGGCAGGGAGACCCUGGCCUCUCUGGUAAGGAAGUUCUCCACCCAGUCCAAGACUUGGGCUCAGCGUGGCAGUUUCCAGCUGGACAACUUACAAAAACAUUUUUAGCAUCACGUAGAAUCACUCUACUUUAACCUUGUUAAGAAAAGAAGCAGAGUGCCACAGGGAGACAUGCACUGAGUAGGGUGUUCUCUGCUUUGAUCCCUACACCCAUCCACACCAAGUAAACCAGCAGUGGAAGCGGCUGUUCCCUCAACCUGCUACUUCAGGCUACAUAAAGGCCCUGCACGUUGCCUCCCACCACCCCAGCUCUGCCGGAAUAAAGUUGUUUCUAAUACAGGUGGCAAAGUGCUUCUGAAAUAGUCAAGUGAAAGACAAAUUCCAGCCUUCCCAGUUGAGCCACUGAGACCUGAUGUCUCAAUGCAUCAACUCUUUCCAGUUCCAGGAAUGUUGCUUGUAGACAAAAGCCUUGCUUUCAGCCAGAUAUAAAAGGUCAUCUAGCGUGAAGCUUGACUUCUUAUUCACAGGACAGUUUUGUCAAGGAGGACUAUACAUAAGGCCUCACGCUCUCCUGGUUGUACUUUUUCAUCAUGGGUUUGACAUGACUGUUUCCCAGAAAUUAAUCUGUGGGAAACGCAACACAGAAAAACAGCCUAUAUAUAUUUUAAAAACAGGAGCUGCUUUGCUUUGGCUCCAAGUUUGGCCAAUGGUAAAUGUCUCUCCUGAAGCUACUCCUUAAAGGAUGCUAUUAUGGGAUGGCUUUUCCCAUUUCUGACCACUUAAUAGUUUCAUAGACCUCAAGUAACAGUUUGACAUACCAAACCACAUAGUAUACCAAUAGGGGGUGCUACCUGCACGUUUCUGUUCUAUGUAUGCUCCAAACAUGCCAUCCGGGGUGUAUACUAUAUGCAAUAUGAAUAUAUGGUGAUGGCAUUUUACAAUAUACUCCUCUCCUGCUCUCCAUCCUAAUACCCAGCUGAAACCCUUGAACUACCCAGUUCCCUUGUGAGUUGGGCACUUCAUCGAAAGUUCAGCCUGGAUUCCCGUAGAAAUGUUUUGUCCCAACCAGGAAAUUAGUACGUUGUUCUUGUGGCCUCCCCAUAACACUUGUGGGUGAACAGAGGCUCUGAAGAGUUUUACACAGAAGUUUGGGAACCCCAGUUACGAUCUGCAUUUCAGUGGUCUAGCUGGUAUUGUAGUUAUUCCCUAGCCCCAGGUUUGCCAAAUGGGAUGAAGACUCUAAGCAUUCCUGCUGAGUUAUUUUGAAGUUACUGCUCCUUAAUGUAAGAAAUGAGCAAGACUUUCUUUUCACGUGAGUCAAGGUCUAGAGCCAGACUCUUGGGUAGAAAUAGGCAUUGGCUGGUUAUCCUAGCAAAGCCAGAGACAGAGCUGGGGCCUGACUGAGCACAGGCCCAAACCAACAACUUAUAGGUAGAGCCCAGCAUCUCUUGUGACAGCAACACCCUUUUCAGAGGCUUUGGGAACCAACCUUCUAGGUGACAAG